AAACUGGUACAUGCAGUUUUUAAGUUUGUCAGGGAUUUACCACGCAGGGAAAAGAGGCUAAUGCUUGCAUUGCAUUAUAGGACAUUGUUUUCUAGUUCAGCCUCUGCUGCUUCGAUUUUGACCAUUCUUUUUUUAAUCUAGCUCUUGUGAGUCAGCUAACAUUCUGAAGUUACACACUACAUCACUGCAAUAGCCCUUUAGCACCUCAAUCUUUUGAAUCUUGGUAUUCACAAUAAGUAAACUGCAGUGAGCACAAACUGUGUGAUCAAGUGCAUUUGAUGGACACAGCGAGACAAACAGGUACAGAGAGACAGUCAGGGAGACAGAUGGGCAUUAUGUCUCUCCUCCAGCUCUUCCAGUUGCUGGGGCGACCGCCUGGCCUGGCUCGAUGCUAGAGUACGAAAGGAGAAAGAAAGUAAAGGACAGAAAAGAAAGAAGCCCCACAAUCAAUGAGACCCUUUUUGUUUUAGUGGGAACCCCCUUUUACCCUCCGACAGCACACACAAUGAAACACACACGGACAGAGGAACAGAAUGACUGAAUCGGUGUGUGAUUGCAUGUGUGUGCCUUUGUAUGUGACUCCCUCUCCCUCUCUGUGUGUGUGACUGACUUUAUUUAAGACAAGGGCCCUUUUGUUUUAAGCCAGAGAAUGGCUCGGAGACCGAGGUUGGCCCUGUAAUUGGCCUACUUAGGCCCUGUUUAGCAUGAGAAAAGCCUUUCUUGGCCCUGCAGUGCCAAGCUAACUCUUGUUUAGAGCCGCAGAGAGGAAGGACUGGCUGAUCAGAAUUCAGAUUAGCCUGACAAAAAUUCAACCCCUCCUUCCAAACGCACUCCUCUACCCUCUGCUUUAAAUACACUGCACACUAAUUACUUAACUAGAAAGCUGGGAAAAAAUCUACAAUUUAUCAGAGGAGUGGUGGAGUCUAUUUAGGGUGGGAGGUGGAGGUUGGCAGGUUCUUUUUCACCUCUUUCCGCCUCGCUAACUUUUUGUGCCACUUUAAAAAAUGAUGAUCCUCUCCUCUAUCUCUCUCUGUCUCUCUCUCUCUCUCUGUCUUUUAUUCUUGUGUUCUUUUCUCUCCAAAUCAGCCCAGACGCCACUUGUUGCUGGCGAAUCAUUGAACUUAAUUAGCGGGACAAUGUGUGAGCGGUUUGCUAAGUUUGAGCCGUAAACAGAGUCAGAGUUAGAGAAGGGAAAAAGCAGCAGAGAGGAGAAGUUAGACUCUGAGCUGUGGAGCUGUGAGAUGAACGGCUCCACCUUGAGCAGCAUGAGGUCGCUCUCUUGGAGUCGAUACUGGGUGGUGAGUUGGGUUUGGGGAGCCCAGGCGCAGCGUCGCCCACCAAACCUGCCAGUCAGUAUUACCAGCACUACGGCUCCAACCCACGGAGGAGAGCACUGCAUAUGGACACCAUGGAUAUUCACACAAAAAAAGUGCGGAAGGUUCCUCCAGGCUUGCCAUCCUCAGUGUAUGCUCCGUCUGCCAGUACAGCUGACUACAACAGGGACUCACCGGGUUAUCCCUCCUCCAAACCUCCCAGUGCUGGCUUCCCAAGCUCAUUCUUUAUGCCAGAUGGUCACCACAGCGGCGAUCCCUGGAGCAGCAGUAGUAGCAGUAUGACCCAGCAGGGUUACCACGGCAGCAUGCUGGCAGGCGGGAACUCAGCCCAUGGCCCCGCCCAGAGCUCCUCCUACUGCGGGAUUCACCCACAUGACAGAUUGAGCUACCCAUCACACUCGUCUGCAGAUAUCAGCUCUAGCCUUCCUCCCAUGUCCAGCUUCCACCGAGGGGGAGGGAGUGGGGGCGGUGCCAAUCACUACAGCACCGCCUCUUGCACUGCCUCCACCAAUGGCACAGACAGCAUCAUGGCUAACCGAGCACAGAGCGGAGCAGCCAGCAGCUCUCAGACAGGAGAUGCCUUAGGGAAAGCACUCGCAUCAAUCUACUCCCCAGACCACACAAACAACAGCUUCCCAUCCAAUCCCUCCACCCCAGUCGGCUCCCCGCCCUCACUCACAGCCGCCAGUUCAGCUGUCUGGUCGAGGAAUGGUGGACAGGGAGCAUCAUCGCCAAACUACGAGGCUCCACUGCACUCUCUGCAAAGUCGUAUUGAGGACCGGCUGGAGCGUUUGGAUGAUGCCAUCCAUGUGCUGCGAAGCCACGCAGUGGGACCGUCGACGGGUAUGACCAGCGGGCACGGUGAUAUGCACAGCCUCAUCGGGGCCGCACAUACGCACAAUGGCGCCAUGGGCGCUCUGGGCAGCGGGUAUGGGACAGGACUGCUGUCGGCCAACAGACACUCCCUCAUGGUGGGCUCUCACAGAGAAGACGGCAGCGGUGUGGGCGGUUUGCGCGGUGGACACUCGAUGGCGGGGCAGGGGCCUGUGCCUCAGCUGCCUGUUCAGUCGGCCACAUCGCCAGACCUCAGCCAGCCUGACCCGUACCGUGCUCUUUCUGGAGGCCUGCAGGGCCAGAGCACGUCCUCUGUCAGCUCGGAGAUCAAGUCUGAGGACGAGGGGGAUGAGAACCUCCUGCAGGACACAAAGCCCCUGGACCUCAAGAAGGAGGACGCUGACAACAAGGAGCUUAAAGCUAUUGAGAGCAACAACGACGAUGAGGACCUGUCUCCGGAGCAGAAGAUGGAGAGAGAAAGGGAACGGAGGAUGGCCAACAACGCCAGGGAACGGCUGCGUGUCCGCGACAUCAACGAGGCAUUCAAGGAGCUGGGCAGGAUGGUCCAGCUUCACCUGAAGAGUGACAAACCUCAGACCAAGUUACUGAUCCUGCACCAGGCCGUGGCCGUCAUCCUCAGUCUGGAGCAACAAGUCAGAGAGCGAAACCUGAACCCUAAGGCAGCUUGUCUGAAGCGCCGUGAGGAGGAGAAGGUCACCGUGACAUCAGAUGGGACUCCCCUCUCGCUGGCUGCAGCACACCACGCUGCCGCCGCCAUGGGCGACGGAUCGAACCCCAUGGGACAAAUGUCUAAGGUGCCAGAGUUCAUCAAGAUGAUGAGUGACCACUUCCUCUGACAGCGUUUCCAUGACAACCUGGCAAUCGAUCAAACUUUCAGCCUGACCAAUCAGAUUUUUCUCUCCUUCCAUCUGUCGUCUCUGAUCCUCCUUUUCGCCUUUGUCUCCUUCUUCGAGAACACAAACUGCAGAGUCACAGUAGUUGCUUUUGACACUUUGCAUCUCCAGCUGAAGUGAACUGGAUGCUACUUUGUGGAGACGUUAAAAUGGCCGUUGUAACAUGCUACAAAGUGGCAGUUUGUGGACGCGUUGGACACAAAGUGACAGCAAUGGAAAAAAGUCUUUGGAAUCACAACAUCCAAGAAAUUCUACUUGUAUUACUUGUUUUAUUAA